AUGUCUAAUACUUCUGCAACAACUAACCUGAGACUUAAUGACAAAGAGAAACCAUCCAAUCCGUCCAAAACACUCACAUCUACCACGACAGAAAUGUCCAACCCAUUUGAGACUCUUGAAUCCCUUCGCGAGUAUGAAAAAAAUCCAGGACAAUCACAAAAGUUUCUGGGUAAGGCCGAAAUUUUCCCUGAACAACAUACCAACAAUACAUAUGGCAGUGCUUUUACACUGUUUCUAACUAAUUUCUUUGUAGAUCGUGUGGGUCAGAACUUUAGAUGGCCUGUCUCAAUGGAUGAUUGUGACAAGUACACGGUUUUCUUUUACUUAACUGACUCUGAAUUGGAAUACGAUGAUGAAUCUGGGCUCAACCUCCUUUUUUUCUUUGACAAUAUUGAUAAAGGCACAUUCGAUGAACAUAAAGACAGCUGGGUGUUGGUGUAUAAACAGGAAGUGAAAAAAUACGGGACAUCAGAAUAUACAAGUAAAGAGCUAGAUGACCUCGAAGAUGAAAUGCCUGGUGCAAUAUAUUUACCAGUUGAUAAAUCGCGUCGUGACGGACUUGUGAAAUCUCAGCCAGCAAGGACAGUGUGUGCUCUACGUACUAGGAAUGAACAUAUGGUUAGAAUUCAAGUUAGAAGAUUAGGAACAACAAAUUCUGUUAUGCUUGGUUACAAUUUUCGUGAUCCUGCAGAAAACAAUAAGUUGUAUAAAUCUGUUCUCGAUUCAGGUGCACCAGAAACUAUCCUUCCUUAUCAUGUCCGUAGGAUAUUUGGAAGAAGAGGAUGGAAAACUGUCUUAGGUGUUACUAUCGGAUAUGGAGCACCCGCUCGCCUGGUUCAUGCAUCAACAACAUUUGAAGUUGCAAUUGGGGAUGAUAAUAGUUGGACUAAGUGGGUGAGUAUAGACACACUCCGCGUCUGGGAAAAUGAUCCUGGUAACCAAGUAGACAGCGCUCUUGUUGGUAACGAUGUCCUAGACCAGCUUGCCUUCGUGCAUGAGGUAGUGCAAGGAUAUAAAUUUUUAAAAGUUUCAAAUGAAGUUGCUUUAACCAAUUUCAUAGCCAAUCUUUCCUAA